CUCCCGGCGGAGCGGGGCAGGGGAGGCUGGACUCUUGAGGACUGGCUCUGAGCUUCUGCUUGGGCCGCGGAGCCCGGGAGCCGCCGCGAUGAGCUGGGCCCUGGUCCUCUGGCUGCUGGAGCUGUGCGCGCUGCUCCUGGCGCUGCUGUUGCUGCUGCGCUUCCUGCGGGCGGAUUGCGACCUGACGUUGAUGUGGGCCGAGUGGCAGGGGCGACGCCCAGAAUGGGAACUGACCGACAUGGUGGUGUGGGUGACUGGAGCAUCAAGUGGCAUUGGUGAGGAGCUGGUUUACCAGUUGUCUAAACUAGGAGUUUCUCUUGUGCUGUCAGCCAGAAGAGUGCAUGAGCUGGAGAGAGUGAAAAGAAGAUGCCUGGAGAAUGGCAAUUUAAAAGAAAAGGAUAUUCUGGUUUUGCCUCUUGACUUGACUGAUAGAAACUCUCAUGAGGUUGCAACCAAAACUGUCCUCCAGGAGUUUGGCUUUGGAAAUAUUGUUGAAUUUAUAACCCUAUUAGUUCCUCUGGGGACUCCUAAUGAGCAUGAAGAAAUGGUAGGAAAUGAAGGAGACCAGUCGCAUAAGAUGGCAACUAGUCGCUGUGUGCAGCUGAUGUUGAUCUCCAUGGCCAAUGAUCUGAAAGAAGUUUGGAUCGGCGAUCACCCCUACUUGUUGGCAGCGUAUAUAUGUCAGUAUAUGCCAACCUUUGGCUGGUGGUUAGUCAAGAAAUUUUCGAAGCGAAGGAUUGAAAACUUCAAGAAGGGUGUGGAUGCAGAUUCCUCUUAUUUUAAAGUCUGGAAGAGAAAACAUGAUUAAAAGAAGUAUUUGGAAGUUUGCAAUUGGAGAACUACAGCUUAUUUUACAGAAGAUCAAUAUAAGACUAAAUUAAGAUUUUUUUUUUUGGACGUAGGAUCUUACUUUGUACACCAAGCUAACCUCCAGUCCUGUCUCAGCCUCCUAAGUGCUGGGAUUGUAGGCAUGUGAUUCCAUGUUCAGCUUGAUUUUAAAUUUUGAUACAACUUUAAACAUACAAUGAAUAAAAUAUUGUCAUGAAUCUUGCAAAAACCUA